AUGUCUGACUCCGACGACUUUCCAUCGCCUGUUCCCAAGGGAAGAAAGCAGCCGAAGAAAAUUACGAAAACCAAGGAGGCCAAAACGACACGAAAAAGUCAAAAGAGCAAUAACGACUUCAUGACUUUUGACGAACCUAUUGUGACGAACGGUGAAUCCUCUUUGUCGUCUCGGAAAGGGAAAAAAAUCGAGGAGAUAUACCAAAAGAAAACUCAACUAGAACAUAUCUUGCUGAGACCCGACACGUAUAUCGGUUCCACAGAAAUAAUUACCGAAAAGCUAUGGGUUUACGACUCGGAUACGGAUACUAUGCAAUACAGGGACGUGAGCAUAGCGCCCGGGCUCUACAAGAUUGUUGACGAAAUCUUGGUAAACGCCGCUGAUAAUAAGAUUCGUGAUCCCUCGAUGAAUACGAUAAGGGUUAAGAUUGACAAGCAGCAAAACCUAAUUUCAAUAUACAACAAUGGAAAAGGAAUUCCCAUAGAAGUACACAAGGAAGAGGGCAUCUAUGUACCGGAAUUGAUCUUUGGACACCUCCUUACCUCUAGUAAUUAUGAUGAUAACGAGAAAAAGGUCACCGGCGGUCGUAACGGCUAUGGUGCAAAGUUGACGAACAUUUUUAGUACCGAAUUUAUAGUAGAAACGGCUGACAAAAGCAUUAACAAAAAAUACAAGCAGGUGUUUAGGAAUAACAUGAGCGUCACUGAAAAGCCACAAAUUACUUCAUAUUCCAAAAAGGAUGAAUAUACCGAGAUCACUUUCAAACCUGACUUGGCAAAAUUCAACCUGACAGAAUUAACUGACGAUAUUGUUGCAUUGUUGAAAAAGCGCGUGUAUGACUUGGCGGGAUGCGUCAACGGUGUCAAAGUUUAUCUGAAUGACGAACGUGUCCAAAUUAGGAACUUUAAGGAUUAUGUCAUGAAAUAUUUAUCAUCAAGUGUCGCGUCAGAAGAAUCAUCGGCAAGAUUACCGUUUGUACACCAUGAAAUUGUUAAUGACCGUUGGGAAGUCGCGGUUGCGGCUAGUACCGAUGGACAAUUUCAACAAGUGAGCUUUGUCAACAGCAUCGCAACAACCAAAGGUGGUACACAUGUUACUCAUGUUUUGGAUCAACUUAUCGGAAAAAUAAUCGAAACCGUAAAGAAGAACAAAGAAGUCAAGGAUGCAAAGUUAAAACCAUUUCUUGUGAAAAAUCAUCUAUGGAUUUUUAUAAACUGCCUGAUCGAGAAUCCAAGUUUCGAUUCACAAACAAAGGAAACUCUAACAUUGAGACAACAUGCUUUUGGAUCAAAGUGUAACAUUAACGAUAAGUUUGUCGAAAAAGUUCUUAAAUCGGAGAUUGUCGAAGAAAUUAUUCAUGAAGUGAAAUCUAAACAAGAGUCGGAGUUAAAAAAAAGCGAUGGCGGGAAAAAAUCAAAGGUAACCACCGUCGAAAAGUUGAGCGACGCAAAAAAUGCUGGUUCACGAAAAUCUGCAGAGUGUACUCUUAUACUUACCGAGGGUGACUCGGCCAAGACUCUUGCUGUUGCUGGAUUAUCUGCUGUUGGCAGGGACUCUUAUGGUGUAUUUCCGUUAAAAGGAAAAUUGCUUAAUGUACGCGAGGCUAGCACUGCACAGAUUCUGAAGAAUGAAGAAAUCCAAAAUAUUAAGAAGAUUCUUGGACUGCAACAUAACAAAAACUACACUUCAGUAAACGAUUUACGUUACGGUCAUCUUAUGAUAAUGGCUGAUCAGGAUCAUGACGGUAGUCACAUAAAAGGACUAAUAAUUAAUUUCCUGGACCAUUUUUAUCCGUCUUUGAUGAGGAUUCCCGGGUUUCUUAAAGAAUUUAUUACUCCCAUCGUUAGGGGAUUGGGUACCAGUAGUCCUGCUGAAGCGAAAGAAUACUUUUCUGCGAUUAAUCAGCAUAUGAAACCUUUUAGGGAAGUGCAGGAUGGCGAACGCGCUCUAAUAGAUAUGGCUUUCAACAAAAAAAGAGCAGAUGAGCGAAAAGAGUGGUUAAGAAAUUAUACGCCCGGAACCUAUAUCGACUAUAACGUUAGCGAAAUUACAGUAUCUAAUUUCAUCAACCAAGAACUAAUAUUAUUCAGCAUGGCUGAUAAUGUUCGAUCUAUUCCAUCAGUUCUUGAUGGAUUAAAACCCGGCCAACGGAAGGUUUUGUUUUGUUGCUUCAAGAGAAAUCUUACGAAAGAGAUUAAGGUUAUUCAACUCGCUGGAUAUGUCUCGGAGCAUUCUGCUUAUCAUCACGGAGAAGCAAGUCUCCACUCCACCAUUGUGACUAUGGCUAACAAUUUUAUUGGUUCGAACAAUGUUAACCUCUUAGAGCCAAGCGGUCAAUUUGGUUCACGCAUACAGGGAGGAAAAGAUUCGGCAAGCCCUCGUUAUAUCAACACGAAGCUUAACCCAUUGACACGAUUGAUAUUUAACCCUCAUGAUGAUAACUUAUUGAAAUAUUUAAAUGAUGAUGGUAACAACAUUGAACCUGAAUGGUAUUUGCCUAUUAUUCCCAUGGUUCUUGUCAAUGGUUCAGAAGGCAUUGGGACAGGGUGGAGUACUUCUAUCCCUAAUUUUAACCCAAGUGAUAUUGUGGCUAAUUUAAAAAGAUUAAUGGAAGGGAAAGAAUUGGAACCAAUGCACCCCUGGUAUCGUGGUUUCAGGGGCACAAUUGAAAAAAUCUCUGGUGAUAAGUAUAAGAAUUCAGGAAUAAUGGAAAGAGACGCGGAAGUUGAUAACAUGGUUCACGUUAUAGAAUUACCAAUUAAAAUCUGGACUCAGAACUACGAAAAUGAUCUUAAAAAAUUAAUGCCCGAGGAUAACAAAUCUACUGGUCUUAUUAAAGGUUACCAUGACGUCAGCACUCUUUGGAGGCCGAAUUUUGAAAUCCUAUUGGAAGAUCAUCUUGCUGAGGAGGGUGACGAAGAACUUGAAAAAAAACUGAAGAUUAUAUCUAGCCUCACAACUUCAAACAUGGUUUGUUUUGACCGUGAAGGUCGGUUGAAGAAAUAUAGUUCACCCGGAGAGAUACUCGAGGAGUUCUACCAUCUCAGAUUGGAAUAUUAUUUCAAACGGAAGGAUUAUCUGUUAAAAAAACUUGAGCUCGAAUGUAAGAAAUUGCAAAACAAGAAUCGGUUCAUUAAAAUGAAGAUUGAUCACGAACUCGAGUUCGAGGGAUUAAAGAAAGUGGCCAUAGUAAACCUACUCGAACGUAAAGGAUUUGAUAGAAUACCUCAUAAAGUUGAAGAUGCCGAAGGCGAAGAAGAUGAAAAUAUUGGCGAUUAUGACUAUCUUAUGAAGACACCCGCGUGGAGUUUUAGUGAGGAAGAGGCAUUUGCAAGCAAGUGCCAACGUCAGUACAACGAAAAGAACAUCGAAUUAUCGAUUCUACGCCAAAAGCAUCCCAAGCAACUUUGGAAUGAAGAUCUUGAUGAGUUUUUAAAAGAGUGGGAGUCUGCCGAAAACGAAUUCAAUAGGAUGGUGGACGAGGCUCCGAAAAAAGAUGAGAAGAAAAACCGACGUAAAAUCGCAAAAGUCACUAGUAAGGGUAAAACAAAAUCAAGCGAUUUAAAGCCUGAAGAAAAGACCAAACCAAAAGUGGCUGAAGUCAUCAAAGCAAAACCUGUAACUAAGUCUGCUCGGGGCAUUAAAAAGGCCUCUCAAGGUAAAAAACAGAUAGAUGAUUACUUUUCAUUAAAAGAAACUGAAGUUUCGGGGCCGAGUGCGGAAUCAACUGAUCUGAGUGAUGUCGAGGUGGUUGACCUUUCAUCUAAGCGAUCUGCCGAUGACGACCCAGAUGAGCGACCUGUUACUAAACAAUUUGAAGUUCCUGACGAUAGUGAUUCAGAAUUUGAACCUGCGAAACGAAAUUCUCGCCAGAAGGUCGUUUCAAAGAAGCCGCCGGCCAAACCACAAGAGGUAUUCGAUCUUGAAGAUAAAGAAGAAUUCCCUGCUAAAGUUGUGUCUACAGGACGCGGCAGAGGUCGCGGUCGUGGCCGUGGUGCUCGCACAGUUUCUUCUCGUCAGACUGCAAAGAAUUCAGCUGACGCUGAACUCACGAAUGCCGUGCAUUCUUUGCCAUCGAAACGUACGACUCAAAGCGUCGCUACAAAGUCCAAUUCGACUCAUCAAUUUGAAGAAACUCGCUCACCAGAAAAGGUGUUGACUUCUGAUGAGUCUGAAGAGGAUAAAUCGUACGCGACAUUCACAAAUACUAAAGCCACGAAGAGCACUCACACAACCGCAUCGACAUCUCGCAAGACUGUCAAGCCCAAAGUUUUAGAAGUGUCAUCGGACGAAGAUGAGGAUAUGCCAACCCUCGAUCAGGCCAUCAUGCAACGUAUAACGCGUCCAGUACGUGCGGCAGCAUCGAAAAGACCAAUUUAUGUAGACUUGAGUGACGAAGAUAUGCAAGACGAUGAUGAUGAUUCUUUCCGAUUGAAUUAA